AUGAAGAAGGCACUGGUUGAGGAGGGCAGUCGGUCUGUUUUGCUGUCACGGCAGCACAGGUUUAAUGAGCGCUGCUGCAUCCUCUCAUGCUCUCCCUUCACCUUUCUGCUCAACCCUACACGUUCCUGCCUGGACUGUUGCUACAACGUCUGCAAGGGCUGCUGCACCUACAGUAAAAAGGACAAAGGCUGGCUGUGCUCCGCCUGUCAGAAGACCAGGCUAUUGAAGACCCAAUCACUGGAAUGGUUCUACAAUAAUGUGAGAAGGCGUUUUAAAAGGUUUGGCAGUGCCAAAGUGUUAAAGAACCUCUACAGGAGGCAUGCAGCCGAGCGUGGAGUGCUAGAGGAGCUUACAGCAACAGAGGACAGCACUUAUGAAGAGAGCAGCAUGUAUGAGAGCGACUCCACAUUCUACAGGCAAAUUGAAGAGAACAGCAUGGCUGAGACUAUUAAUGUGGCACUGCUGGUGGCAGAAGAGGCCAUAGAUGAGGCCAUCGCUAAGGCUGAGAGCCAGACUGACAAUCAAGAGAAGCAGAACAAAGCUCAAUAUCUGCAAGAGCACAGAGAAGAGCUGAUGGAGGAAUUGGCCAAAACUAUAGUACAGAAAAUUGUCCGCCGGAAAAGGGAUCUGUCUGAGGUGAAGUCUGCAUGUAAUCUGGACCAGAACAGUGAUGGAAUCUCUCCUGUUCAAACCCAGAGUGCCUUUGAUGCUUCUCUUUGGAGGUCUCACUCAGCUUUCUGUCUCUUGACUGGUGAGAAAGCUGACCAGCAUGCUAACAUUGGGUCAAAACUUUCAUCCCCUGUCAUAAGUCAUACUCUGGAAAUGAAGAAAGAAAAACCAAAGUCUGUCCAGGCCAUGCCUAGCUGGAGGAGUGUUGACCGAUUGGACAAUUCCAUGUUCCAGAGUCCUGAUGGUAACUGGAUUGCUUAUCAGAGCAACCUGCUCUCUCGACCAGGCCUUUUAACUAAGCGCAAAAGUCUGGUCUACAGCGUGUUGGAAAGAGAGUCUGGAGUGGUGUCAGCUUACCAUGAGAUGGGCUCAGAAACAGAGCCUGAAGCUAAUGGUGUCUGGGGCACUGCACUGGAAGAGUUUCGGCAUAAAAUGUCUGCCAAUAAGCAGUUGAGUUACCCAGAGUCCUACAGCCAUCAAGCAGCCUUGCCUUUGAAUGCACAAGCACAACAUCUCAAUGCACAAACCUUGAAUGGUGACGCUGAGGACUCCGCUGGACAAGAUGGGCCACUACACAGGUCCCAGAAAACUCUGCUGCCCUUUUUAAAAAGAAAAGUGCCACUAGAACACAGACGACCCUCAUCCGCACGCCGCCCAAAUAUCAUGGAUAUAAAUUUAAAUCCAGGAGGGGCUGAAAGCAGCGAGGAUGGACUAGAGGAAAGCAGGAUCAAGAGGUCACGGCGAAGAAGGAAAAAUAAGAGAGAGGGGCCAGGGUGGAAAGGACAGUCAGUAUUGUCUUUGGAUAUCCCGGAUUCCAGUAGCCACCUCUCAGAUGCUCUGGUGAAGAGAUGCUAUGUGAAACAAGACACAGACUUGCAUGGAAAAAGACCAUGUGAUCAUGGUCUGGAAGUAGACACUUCAGACACUGCUACUCCUGACAUCUUGAGCUCUGGAGCCAUGACCCCCGAUCCAUUUGGACUUGGUCUCAAUGCUCCCAGCAAUUCCAAUCAUGGGGCUCUUGGUGUAGUUGGAUCUUUAGAUCAAGAGUUGACCACCAAACUGAAAGAACUGACCAGUCAAGUCAGAGAAACGCAACUUUCUUCCACUGAUGAUGAACUGGACAGGUGUGAGUAUCAAAUGUGGAAUGAAGAAAGCGAAACAAAAGAAAAAGUGAGAGAUGCUACAAUUACGAUUGAGGCUGCUUCAAAAGAAAGUUCAGAUGGAAUUGAAUUCACAAAUCAAAUGAGAUCAACUGAGAUGUUGAAAGAAGACGAUCUGACUUCCAAAUUGAGAGAGUUGACCAGUCAGGUCAGUGAGACAUUACUUUCUUCCAUUGAAGAUGAACUGGACAGGUCUGAGUAUCAAAUUGAAACCAAGGGUAAAAAUCUGUCAAUAAGAACUGAGGUGCUGGGGAGAGAUGACAGGACAGAUGGAAACAAAAUGAUACAAUAUGAUGAGAAAUCCCCAAACUAUGUAGAGAUGGUUGAAAAAUCAGAAGAAGAGAGAUCAGAGAAAACUGUGGCAAAACAGGCAAAAUGUGAGCAAAAUGACACGGGUGAGACCCAAAUGUCAGAAGAAAUUAGCUCUGUGAGCCAAAACCAGACACUUGAUGAGACAAAUACACAAAAUGAGAUAGUUAGAGAGAGAAUUGAAGAGAAAAAGAACAAGGGAGAAGUGCAAACUGAAGAGAAAUAUGCAGAAAUAAAAUAUUGUGGAAGUGCAUUUGAAAGUCAGCAGAGCAGAGAUGAGAAUCCCGAGAUGGUUGAUCACACUGAGGAUCAGGAGGUGUUAUCCUGUGAACUGGCUUUGAGUAGAUUGAUAAGUAAAGAUGGAAAGAUGGAAUUUGAUAGGAUCAUUAAUACUGUAGUGAAGGCUUUGGGUGAUAUGGAAGAACAUAUAGAAGCUUACACUAGUGAGGGGGUAUAUUUAGACAGAGAGAGAAGUGGGGGAGAGAAACAUGAGAUGAUGGAAGAGAAGGAGAAUAUUACUGAACAGGAAACGGAUGACACGAUAUAUAAGGGAUGCUUUGUUGGUGGAAAAUCGAAGGUGGUGCAGGAAAAAGAAAUGAAGGAAGAGGGCAAGAUCAAUGAAGUUGUGGCACUAAAGAGCAACAUUGAAAAUACCAAGGAGAGAGAAGACAAACAAUGCAGCAAAUCACCAGAAGAGAGAGAUCAAGAGGAGGAUGGCAAUAGUCAAGGUGACUUGAUUAAAAACAUGGAAGAACAGAGGGACUCCACAAUUCAACACAGCGCCCCAUCUGGUCAGGAGGAGUAUCUGUCACCGGAGGAGAUCUACAAGGAUGCAAACAUGCUGGACAUAGAGAAAAACCUGCAUUUAAUCUCCAAUAUACUACAGCAGAAAUACUCAGCAGCAUCACUAUGCAGCAUCACCACUGAGGUGCUAAAAGUACUGAACGCUACUGAGGAUCUGAUUCACGAAUCUGUGGGAGAUGGACGAUGCCAGUCAGACCACAGUGACAUAUCGAUCAUUCCCCCUGAUGAGGCCAAAAGACUGGACGAACAGCUCGGCAGACUGGAGGAGAAUGUGUAUGUGGCUGCAGGGACAGUGUACGGGCUUGAGGCUGAACUGGGGGAUCUGGAGGAGUGUGCGCGCUGCAUCAGUGGAUCCACCACUGAAAGAGAGCUCGCUCAUCUAGAGGACCAGGUGGCUUCUGCAGCAGCACAGGUGCAGCAGUCUGAGCUCCAGGUUUCAGACAUUUGCUCAAGAAUUGCUGCUUUGAAAAAUGCAGGUCUUAAUGUAACUCCACAGACCCAAUUUACCAAGGUCAAGACUCCAAAAAACAAGACACAAACCAUUGGCUCGUCUCGGAAACUGAGGAGGCGACUGCCAGCACCUCCAAAACAAGGCGACUGCACCAGCUACAGCUGAAGCCGAUCUGAGCUGUAACACACGUCUCACAGCUGGAGAACUGAAGGCAGGCUGACGGCAGG